AUGUCACCAGCUAUGUGGAAAUGGACUUGCCUGGUUUCUCACCUCCUGCUAUCCACCACAGUGUCACCUCUUGGUAGGCAACAGCCACUUCAACCAAAGAGGCCCUUCAUCACUUUCACUGGAGACCAAGCAGAGGGAAACUUCAAUCACUUGGUGGUUGAUGAAAGAACUGGGCACAUUUACUUGGGAGCUGUCAACAGGAUCUACAAACUCUCCAGUGACCUGAAGGUCCUGGUGACCCACCAGACUGGUCCCGAUGAAGAUAAUCCCAAGUGUUAUCCUCCCAGGAUAGUCCAAACCUGCAAUGAGCCCUUGACACCCACUAACAACAUCAACAAAAUGCUCCUCAUAGACUACAAGGAGAAUCGAUUGAUAGCCUGUGGGAGUCUUUACCAGGGCAUCUGCAAGCUUUUGAGGCUGGAUGAUCUCUUCAAACUGGGAGAGCCCUUCCACAAGAAGGAGCAUUAUCUCUCUGGGGUGAAUGAGAGUGGCUCUGUUUUUGGAGUCAUUGUUUCUUACAGCAACAUGGAUGACAAGUUGUUCAUUGCCACUGCUGUGGAUGGCAAACCUGAGUAUUUCCCCACUAUUUCCAGCAGAAAGCUCACCAAGAACUCCGAGGCAGAUGGGAUGUUUGCAUAUGUCUUUCAUGACGAGUUUGUGGCCUCUAUGAUCAAGAUCCCCUCAGACACCUUUACCAUCAUCCCUGACUUUGAUAUCUACUACAUCUAUGGUUUCAGCAGUGGUAACUUUGUCUAUUUCCUGACUUUGCAGCCCGAGAUGAUCUCACCACCUGGCUCCACCACGAAGGAGCAAGUUUAUACCUCCAAGCUGGUCAGGCUUUGUAAGGAGGACACAGCCUUCAACUCCUAUGUUGAGGUGCCCAUUGGCUGUGAGAAGAAUGGGGUGGAGUACAGGCUGCUCCAGGCAGCCUACCUGUCUAAGGCUGGAGCCAUCUUAGCAAGGUCUUUGGGUGUUGGCCCUGAGGAUGAUAUCCUCUUCACCGUGUUCUCCAAGGGGCAGAAAAGGAAGAUGAAGUCCUUGGAUGAGUCUGCUCUUUGCAUCUUUGUCCUGAAAAAGAUCAACGAUCGCAUCAAGGACAGACUGCAGUCCUGCUACAGGGGGGAGGGGACAUUAGAUUUGGCCUGGCUCAAAGUCAAGGACAUUCCCUGUAGCAGCGCGCUGUUAACAAUUGAUGACAAUUUCUGUGGCCUGGAUAUGAAUGCCCCCUUGGGAGUAUCAUCCAUGGUACGAGGACUCCCCAUUUUCACUGAGGAUGGAGACAGAAUGACAUCUGUGAUUGCCUACGUCUACAAGAACCACUCCUUGGCUUUUGUGGGCACCAAGAGUGGAAAACUCAAGAAGAUCCGUGUGGAUGGCACCAGCAAGAACACAAUAGAGUAUGAGAUUGUGCAGGUGGUGGAUACUGGCCCUGUGCUCAGGGAUAUGGCCUUCUCAAUGGAUCAUGAACACCUCUACAUCAUGUCUGAGAGGCAGCUCACUCGGGUGCCCGUGGAGUCAUGUAGCCAGUACGAGACCUGCAGCGAGUGCUUGGGCUCAGGUGACCCUCACUGUGGAUGGUGUGUUCUUCACAACACGUGCACGAGGAAGGAGCGAUGCGAGCGCUCCAGCGAGCCUCGGCGUUUUGCCUCGGAGAUGAAGCAGUGUGUCCGGCUCACCGUGCAUCCCAACAACAUCUCCGUCUCCCAGUACAAUGUCUUGCUGGUCUUGGAGACCUACAAUGUCCCUGAGCUGUCAGCAGGAGUCAAUUGCACGUUCGAAGAUCUUUCGGAGAUGGAUGGCUUGGUGGUGGGCAGUCAGAUCCAAUGCAUCUCACCAGCUGCCAAAGAAGUGCCCCAGAUCAUCACCGAGAACGGAGACCAUCACAUUGUCCAGCUUCAGCUCAAGUCCAAGGAAACGGGUAUGACCUUUGCCAGCACCAGCUUCGUCUUCUACAACUGCAGCGUCCACAACUCGUGUCUGUCAUGCGUGGAGAGCCCUUACCGGUGUCACUGGUGCAAGUACCGCCACGUCUGCACUCAUGACCCCAGCUCCUGCUCCUUCCAGGAGGGACGAGUCAAGCUGCCCGAGGAUUGCCCCCAGCUGCUGCAGGCAGAGAAGAUCCUGGUGCCUGUGGAAGUUAUCAAACCCAUCACGCUGAAGGCCAAGAACCUGCCCCAGCCACAGUCGGGCCAGCGAGGCUACGAGUGCAUCUUGAACAUCCAGGGCAAUGAGCAGAGGGUGCCUGCCCUGAGGUUCAACAGCUCCAGUGUACAGUGCCAGAACACUUCGUAUUCCUAUGAAGGGAUGGAGAUUAACAGCCUGCCAGUGGAGCUGACGGUCGUGUGGAACGGGAAUUUCAACAUUGACAACCCAGCACAGAACAAAGUUCAGCUGUACAAGUGCGGGGCCAUGCGGGACAGCUGCGGACUCUGCCUCAAGGCCGACCCGGACUUCGAGUGUGGUUGGUGUGAGGGACAGAACCAGUGCACUCUGAAGCAGCACUGCCCAGCCCAGGACAGCCAGUGGCUGGAGUUAUCCAGCACCAAGGGCAAGUGCACCAACCCCAAGAUCACGGACAUCAAUCCAGUGACAGGCCCUCGUGAAGGAGGGACCAAAGUGACCAUCCGUGGGGAGAACCUGGGGCUGGAGUUCAGAGAUAUUGCAUCUCAUGUCAAAGUGGCUGGAGUGGAAUGCAAACCACUGGUGGAAGGGUACAUCCCAGCAGAGCAGAUAGUAUGUGAGAUGGGGGAGGCCAAGCCCAGCCAGCAUGCUGGAUUUGUGGAAAUCUGUGUGGCUGAGUGCAAACCAGAGUUCAUGGCCAGAUCUUCACAGCUCUACUACUUUAUGACUCUGACACUCUCUGAUCUCAAGCCGAAGAGGGGACCAGUGUCAGGUGGCACCCAGGUGACAAUUACAGGCAACAACCUUAAUGCUGGCAGCAAUGUCAUCGUGACCUUUGGGCGACAACCCUGCCUCUUCUACAGGAGAUCCACCAAGCACAUUGUCUGUAACACCACUGCCUCAGAUGAAGGUUUUGAGAAGGUGAAGGUGUCUGUAAGAGUGGACAAGGCCAAGAUACAUCAGGAAUUGCAGUAUGAAUAUGUAGAGGAUCCAACCAUCCUGAGGAUCGAGCCUGAGUGGAGCAUCUUCAGUGGCAACACACCCAUUGCAGUGUGGGGAACCCACCUAGACCUGAUCCAAAACCCUCAGAUCCGGGCAAAGCAUGGUGGAAAGGAACAUGUCAACAACUGUGAGGUGCAGAACAGCACAGAGAUGACCUGCCAGGCUCCAGCACUGGCUGUUGACCCCAGUCACCAGUCUGAGCUUGCUGAGCGUCCAGAAGAGUUUGGCUUCAUCCUUGACAACGUUCAGUCCCUGCUGAUCCUCAACAAAACCAACUUCACCUACUACCCAAACCCAAUCUUUGAAGUUUUUAAUCCCUCAGGAAUCUUGGAGCUGAAGCCAGGAAGCCCCAUUAUACUGAAGGGCAAGAACUUGAUCCCACCAGUGGCAGGAGGGAAUGCCAAGCUGAACUACACUGUUUUGGUUGGUGAGAAGCCUUGUGCAGUGACAGUAUCAGAUGUGCAGCUGCUGUGUGAGUCCCCAAACCUCAUUGGAAGGCACAAGGUGAUGGCUCGUGUAGGAGGGAUGGAGUUUUCUCCAGGGAUGGUCUACAUCUCUCCAGACAGCCCUCUCAGCUUGCCAGCUAUUGUCAGCAUUGCAGUGGCAGGUGGCCUGCUCAUCAUCUUCAUCGUGGCCGUGCUGAUCGCCUACAAGCGCAAAUCCCGAGAGAGUGACCUCACCCUCAAACGCCUGCAGAUGCAGAUGGACAACCUGGAGUCCAGGGUGGCACUGGAGUGCAAAGAAGCCUUUGCAGAGUUGCAGACAGAUAUUCAUGAGCUGACAAGUGAUCUGGAUGGAGCUGGGAUCCCUUUCCUUGAUUACCGAACCUACACCAUGAGGGUGCUUUUCCCUGGCAUUGAAGACCACCCAGUCCUGAGAGAUCUGGAGGUCCCUGGCUAUAGGCAGGAACGGGUGGAGAAAGGCCUGAAGCUCUUCGCCCAACUCAUCAACAACAAGGUUUUCCUCCUGUCUUUCAUCCGCACACUGGAGUCCCAGCGCAGCUUCUCCAUGAGGGACCGUGGCAAUGUGGCCUCACUGAUCAUGACUGUGCUGCAGAGCAAGCUGGAGUAUGCUACUGAUGUCCUCAAACAGCUCUUGGCUGACCUCAUAGACAAAAAUCUGGAGAGCAAGAACCAUCCCAAGCUGCUGCUCCGGAGGACAGAAUCUGUGGCUGAGAAAAUGCUCACCAACUGGUUCACCUUCCUUCUGUACAAGUUUCUCAAGGAGUGUGCUGGUGAACCUCUGUUCUCCCUCUUCUGUGCCAUCAAGCAGCAGAUGGAAAAGGGUCCCAUUGACUCCAUCACUGGGGAGGCCCGGUACUCACUGAGUGAGGACAAGCUCAUCCGGCAGCAGAUCGAUUACAAGACACUGGUCCUGAGCUGCGUGAACCCCGACAACGUGAACAGCCCUGAGAUCCCGGUGAAGAUCCUGAACUGUGACACCAUCACCCAGGUCAAGGAGAAAAUCCUCGAUGCCAUCUUCAAGAAUGUGCCCUGCUCACACCGGCCCAAAGCUGCUGAUAUGGACUUGGAGUGGAGGCAAGCAAGCGGGGCAAGGAUGAUCCUUCAGGAUGAAGACAUCACAACCAAGAUAGAGAAUGACUGGAAGAGACUCAACACACUGGCACAUUAUCAGGUGCCAGAUGGAUCUGUGGUAGCUUUAGUCUCCAAGCAAGUCACUGCCUACAAUGCAGUCAACAACUCCACGGUCUCCAGGACAUCAGCCAGCAAGUAUGAGAACAUGAUCCGUUACACGGGCAGCCCUGACAGCCUCCGAUCCCGCACCCCCAUGAUCACCCCUGACCUUGAGAGUGGAGUCAAGAUGUGGCACUUGGUGAAGAACCACGAGCAUGGUGACCAAAAAGAGGGUGACCGGGGCAGCAAGAUGGUUUCAGAGAUCUACCUGACAAGGCUACUUGCCACCAAGGGCACCCUCCAGAAAUUUGUAGAUGACCUCUUUGAGACCAUCUUCAGCACUGCUCACCGUGGCAGUGCACUUCCCCUGGCUAUCAAAUACAUGUUUGACUUCCUGGAUGAGCAGGCUGACAAGCACAACAUCCAUGACCCUCAUGUGCGGCACACCUGGAAGAGCAACUGCCUCCCGUUAAGGUUCUGGGUUAACAUGAUCAAGAACCCUCAGUUCGUCUUCGACAUCCACAAGAACAGCAUCACAGAUGCCUGCCUCUCCGUGGUGGCUCAGACUUUCAUGGACUCCUGUUCAACCUCAGAGCACCGGCUAGGCAAGGACUCACCCUCUAACAAGCUUCUCUAUGCCAAGGACAUCCCCAGCUACAAGAACUGGGUAGAAAGGUACUAUUCAGACAUCGCCAAGAUGCCAGCAAUCAGUGACCAGGACAUGAAUGCCUACCUGGCUGAGCAGUCUCGCAUGCACAUGAACGAGUUCAACACUAUGAGCGCGCUCUCAGAGAUCUACUCCUACGUUGGCAAGUACAGCGAGGAGAUUCUCGGAGCCCUUGAUCAAGAUGAUCAGGCUGGAAAACAGAAACUUGCCUACAAACUUGAACAAGUCAUAACCCUCAUGAGCAUAGACAGCUGA